AUGACCUAUUUCACGGGCCCAUUGGGUCAGUCCAUGACGGCGGCGGCGAAUGUCAACGCCUGGAACAGUAUGACGACGCUCUUGCCUCUCUCCGACGCUUUUGUCGCCGAUUCUGUUUUAGGCAGGUACCGGACUAUUAUCGCUGUCUCACUACUCUACGUCUUGAAUAUAGGUCACUUAGUGGGUCGGAUCCAAAGUGAGACCCGGCGAGGCGGGCCGAAGCCAAUCUGCUUCGAGACGGCGUCUACAAAAGAUCAGGGGUACGCCAACCGCAACCUGAUCGCAAAGUGGAAGACGCCCGGUUACGAGAGACUUUGCUGUCUGAGAUGUAUGCAGCCCGAGGACCAUAACUUCCAAAUGACAUGCUUUUGCCGAGUACCGAAGCAUCUGCGCAAGGAGAAGGUCGUGGAGUGUGUGCAUUGCAGCUGUGGGGGAUGUGCGAGUGGGAAUUGA